AGUGACUCAGCAUCGUGAGAUGACCUGAUCAGAGCACUACGUCACGCAGUCUGUGAACGCCACCAAAACCAGUCACAGCAUCCACUGGGAAGAGGUCAAAGGUCACGGAGCAGGAGUCAGUGGACCGCCAGCUGCUUUUGAGUCGCAUUGACUUCAGCAGGAUCAGUCCGUCCUCGCUGUGAUCCGCUUCCACUUCCUCCGGCAGAGCCUCUGCAGCAGCAGCUGGUCACAUGACAGCUGGUCACAUGACAGCUGGUCACACAGACCAGACCAGCUGCAGGACGUCUCUGCUCCGUCUGAGCUGCUGGACCCGGAGGAACGAUGUCUGCGCUGCAGCUGGAGGAGUGCCGACAGCGGAUUCGCACAGAACUGGACAAAGUAGUGGACUUCUGGCUCAAAUACUCUCAUGACACUGAACAUGGAGGCUUCUUCACUUGUAUUGGGAGGGAUGGGAAGGUUUACGAUGAGCUGAAGUACGUCUGGCUGCAGGGUCGGCAGGUGUGGAUGUAUUGUCGCCUGUACAGAACCAUGGAUCGCUUCCGCAAGCCUGAAAUCCUUGAAGCAGCAAAAGCCGGAGCAGCAUUCCUGAGGAAGUUUGCUCGUGUGUCCAGCGGCAGCAGUGGCCAGUGGAAGUGUGCCUUCUGCUUAACGAGAGAUGGUAAAGCAGUCAAAAUUCAGAGGACUAUAUUCAGUGAGUGUUUCUACAUCAUGGCCAUGGAUGAGCUGAGCAGAGUCACUGCUGACAAGGACAUGCAGCUGGAAGCUGUACAGAUGAUGGAGCAGUUGAUCUACUGGGUUCAGGAGGACUCGUCAGGUCUAGGCCGGCCCCAGCUUCCCGGAGACGUUCCCACCAACAGCAUGGCAGUUCCCAUGAUGCUGUUGUGUCUGGUGCAACAGCUAACUGAAGGCCGGGGGCCAGAGGUGGUCCAGAAGUACAGAGAGCUGGGCAGCUGGUGUGUUCAGCAGAUUCUACAGCACAUCCAGAGAGACGGCACAGCUAUUUUGGAGAACGUGUCACUGGAGGGAGCAGAGCUGCCGGGGUGCCAGGGCCGACUGCAGAACCCAGGCCAUGCCCUGGAAGCCGGCUGGUUCCUGCUGCAGUUCAGUGCAGAGCGGGGGGACGAGGAGCUCCAGAGGACUGCCAUUAACAAGUUUGUGGAGCUCCCUUAUCAGUACGGCUGGGAUAAAGAGCAUGGUGGCCUCUUCUACUUCCUGGAUGUGGAUGGUCACUGCCCCACACAGUUGGAGUGGAGUAUGAAGCUGUGGUGGCCUCACUGUGAGGCUGUCAUCGCCUUCCUGAUGGCCUACAGUCAAACCAAGAGGCCAGAGCUGCUGGAGAGAUUCGCUCAAGUUUAUGAAUACACCUUUAGCCAUUUUCCUGAUGCUGAGAGCGGCGAGUGGUUUGGCUAUUUGACACAAGAAGGGAAAGUAGUGCUGGAUUUUAAAGGAGGCCCCUUUAAAGGGUUCUUCCACGUGCCUCGCUGCCUGUACAUGUGUGAGCGUAUUCUGGAUGAUCUGCUGGCAAACAGGGACUGAGCAUUCUGACUUGGGUGUUAUAAUCAUGGGAUUGAAUCUGAUUUGUGGGUCUGUUCACUAAAUCAAACCACAAUAAUCAGGGUAUAAAACAAAAUUGCACAAAUUUUCAAAUCUGCAUUGCUGUAAAGUUGUUUCACCUCAUCGAAAGUGACUGAGCGGCUCAAGAUUAGUUGUUUACGGCAUAAAACAGUCUUCUUUAUAUAUCUUCUGGCCACCACAGGCAGCUUGUAUUGACAUUAAUGUAAGAUACCUUUCUUGGUCAGACUACAUCAUGUUUUUUGUGACUUUGCACACGCCUGGCGUCUUGUUUUCUCUUUAUUUUCUCCCUUUAAGCCGCUGAGACGAUAUCCUCCCGUCUGUAUUGUUAACAUUCUUCCCGUGAUGAAUUUUAUGAGCUGCUCAGGCACUGAAAUGUCCAAAUCGCGGGAGACGACGAUCCAGGAUACCUCUGACAGUUCUGCAUCAGGGCUGACAUUCACGCUGACACUGACAACCUUCGCACGCUCGAUCGAGUUCCAUCCCAGGACCUUUCGUGCUGUGAGGUGACAACCACUGAAACACUGUCCCUCCCUCUUACGUACUGAAACAUUAACACCAAAAAACAAAUGUCAUAUGUCAAAACGUGCCUUCUACAUGCACACUGAACUUCCGAGAUUAAAGACCUUUUAAAGAGCAUGUAUCUUUACAUCCUGUUCAUUCCAUUUUAUACAGCUAAUGUAGUAACUCUGCUAAAUGUUUGCUUUUUCAAGAAUACCAACGUACAGGUGAACCAUAAUGUAUGUUAGCGAUAAAUUAAAGCUACAGCGUCUUAGUGCUGGUGACAUGCAUGCAGGCAUCUGUAGACUCACAGGCCACUAAAUGAAUUGUAUAUUGAGAUAUUACAGCUGAUGAUUAAAUGUGCAGUGUGAUGUAUUCAAAUAAAUUCAUUGAAUUCAUUUGUAAUUA